GUCAUCCUAGAUUUAGGAUUGGCCAUAAAUCCAGAGAUUGGUGUCCUUGUUGAAAGUAAGGAGAAGAUGAUCUGAGGAGGCAGAGAUAUUAUAAGGAGAAGGCCAUGUGCAAAUGAAGGCAGAGAAAUUAAAAGAAAAUUGGCUCCCUUUUGAAGUUGGGAUGUUUUCAGCUGCAGAUAGAAAUACUGACUAAAAUACACUUAAAAGUUAAGUUAAAACUACUUCUAUAACAAGAAAUCUAAAGUUGACUAUAUUGUGGAGUUUGACUAUGAUGCUGUACAUGAUGAUGAAUUAACUAUUCGAGUUGGGGAAGUCAUCCGGAAUGUGAAAAAACUACAGGAGGAAGGAUGGCUAGAAGGAGAACUAAAUGGGAGAAGAGGAAUGUUUCCUGAUAAUUUUGUUAAGGAAAUUAAAAGAGAGACAGAAUCCAAGGAUGGCAGUUUGCCCAUCAGACGUGAAAGGCAUGGGAAUGUAGCAAGUCUUGUACAACGAAUAAGCACCUAUGGACUUCCAGCUGGAGGAAUUCAGCCACAUCCACAAACUAAAAACAUUAAGAAGAAGACCAAGAAGCGGCAGUGUAAAGUUCUCUUUGAGUACAUUCCACAAAAUGAUGAUGAACUGGAGCUGAAAGUGGGAGAUAUUAUUGAUAUUAAUGAAGAGGUAGAGGAAGGCUGGUGGAGUGGAACCCUGAACAACAAAGUGGGACUGUUUCCUUCAAAUUUUGUGAAAGAAUUAGAGGUAACAGAUGAUGGUGAAGCUCAUGAAGCCCAGGAGGAUUCAGAAACGGUUUGGACGGGGCCCACCUCGCCUUUCCCCUCGCUGGGGAACGGGAACGACACUGCCCCCGGCUCAGCGACACAGCCGAAGAAGAUCCGAGGAGUCGGAUUUGGAGAUAUUUUUAAAGAAGGCUCUGUGAGACUCAGGACAAGAACAUCCAGUAGUGACACAGAAGAGAAAAAAUCAGAAAAGCCCUCAAUCGUGCAGUCACUGGGAUCCAGAACUCAGAGUGUGGAGACGACAAAAACAGACCCUGAAGGUAAAACUAAAGCUAAGGAAUAUUGUAGAACAUUAUUUGCCUAUGAAGGUACUAAUGAAGAUGAACUUACUUUUAAAGAGGGAGAGAUAAUCCAUUUGAUAAGCAAGGAGACUGGAGAAGCUGGCUGGUGGAAGGGUGAACUUAAUGGAAAAGAAGGAGUAUUUCCAGACAAUUUUGCUGUUCAGAUAAAUGAACUGGAUAAGGACUUUCCAAAACCAAAGAAACCACCACCACCUCCUGCUAAGGGUCCAGCCCCAAAGCCUGACCUGAUAUCUGCAGAGAAAAAGUAUUUUCCUGCAAAGCCCGAAGAAAGAGAUGAAAAAUCCAUGCUGGAACAGAAACCUUCUAAACCAGCUGCUCCACAAGUCCCACCCAAGAAGCCUAAUCCACCCACCAAAGCCAAUAAUUUAUUGAGAUCUUCUGGAACCGUGUACCCAAAGCGACCUGAGAAACCAGUUCCUCCACCACCACCUGUAGCCAGGGUUAAUGGGGAAGUGUCUGCCAUUUCAUCAAAAUCUGAAACUGAGCCAGUAUCAAAACCAAAGCUAGAUUCUGAACAGUUACCACUUAGACCAAAAUCAGUAGACCUAGAUUCAUUUACAAUUAGGAGCUUUAAAGAAACAGAUAUUGUGAGUUUUGAUGAUAUAGCUUCCUCAGAAAACUUGCUACAUCUCACUGCAAAUAGACCGAAGAUGCCUGGAAGAAGGUUGCCUGGCCGCUUCAAUGGUGGACUUUCUCCAACUCAGAGCCCAGAAAAAAUCUUGAAAUCACCCAAAGAAGAAGAUAGUGCCAACGUAAAGCCAUCUGAUUUUAAAAAGGAUUCUUGCAACUCUCCAAAGCCAUCUCUGUACCUUUCAACACCCUCAAGUUCUUCAAAACCAAAUGUGGCUGCUUUUUUAACUCUGUCAGAAAUGAAAGCUAAAUUAGAAGCAGAUGAUGGGGGAAAAUUGUCCCUGGAUGAACUUAAAACUGAGAUGCUUGAAUUGCUCUGCAUUAUAGAAGCCCUGAAGAAGGAUCAUGGGAAAGAACUGGAAAAACUGCGAAGGGAUCUGGAGGAGGAGAAGGCGAUGAGAAGUAACCUGGAGGUAGAAAUAGAGAAGCUGAAAAAAGCUAUCCUGUCUUCUUGAAGAGGCACGGACCCAGUAUUUCUAAUGAUAUGGGAACUCAGAAGCAACACUAUUUCAAUUGACUUGUUAUUUAAAAAUGAAACGGUUUGGACGGGGCCCACCUCGCCUUUCCCCUCGCUGGGGAACGGGAAUGAGACUGCCCCCGGCUC